CAUACUCAGUGUGUCUGCGCAGCACAUUCUGGUGUUUAGCUAGUUGGGCCACACACGUCUGAGGCAUUCUAUAGCCGUUACGAGUCGAGCAUCAUAAGGUGAUUCGUCAAAUAUCUUCAUAAAUCACAAAUAAUAUCUGGUUACACUCCCUAAAUAUAGAAUUCGUACAAUACUAUAAUACUUGGGCAUUGUUUGCUAACACAUAGUUAGCAACACUGUCGAGUAUCGUUAGCUUUCUGUGAGCACAGCCACUAGGUGGAUCAAGAAAACAAACGCGUCGUGUAAAACGCCAUUACGAACUGCUUCAUCAGUGUGUCAGCCUAGACACGAUGGCGACAGAAGAGAAGAAGCCGGAGACCGACAACAUUAAACAUUGCUCGUCGUCGGGAUCUGGCAGUAAGUCCAACCCAGCCAAACCAAACUAUGCUGUGAAGUUUACGUUGGCCGGACACACCAAGGCUGUCUCCAGUGUCAAGUUCAGCCCGAAUGGAGAAUGGCUUGCCAGCUCGUCGGCGGAUAAGCUGAUAAAGAUCUGGGGAGCAUACGAUGGAAAGUUUGAGAAGUCCAUCGUCGGUCACAAACUGGGUAUUUCUGACGUGUCCUGGUCGUCUGACUCCAACCUGCUGGUCUCUGCCUCGGACGACAAAACACUCAAAAUCUGGGACAACUGCUCUGGAAAGUGUCUGAAGACGUUAAAGGGACACAGUAAUUAUGUCUUCUGCUGCAACUUCAACCCACAGUCCAACCUGGUGGUUUCGGGUUCGUUUGACGAGAGUGUUCGUAUCUGGGACGUGAAGACGGGGAAAUGUCUGAAGACUCUUCCGGCACAUUCUGACCCUGUCUCAGCUGUCCACUUCAACAGAGACGGUUCGCUCAUCGUUUCUAGCAGCUAUGAUGGUCUUUGCCGUAUCUGGGACACCGCUUCAGGACAGUGCUUGAAGACACUAAUUGACGAUGACAACCCUCCGGUUUCGUUUGUCAAGUUUUCUCCCAAUGGGAAAUACAUCCUGGCUGCUACUCUUGACAACACAUUGAAGCUUUGGGACUACAGCAAGGGCAAGUGUCUAAAGACGUACACAGGACACAAGAAUGAGAAGUAUUGUGUCUUCGCCAACUUCUCUGUCACUGGCGGCAAGUGGAUCGUGUCGGGGUCCGAGGACAGCAUGGUCUACAUCUGGAACCUGCAGACCAAGGAGAUUGUCCAGAAACUACAGGGACACACAGACGUGGUCAUCUCCACGGCGUGUCAUCCCACGGAGAACAUCAUCGCCUCGGCAGCUCUGGAGAACGACAAGACCAUCAAACUGUGGAGAAGCGACAUUUAGAGCCGCUCUGCAGUUGACUUAAUGUUCGACGGACUGACGGCUGGACUGUUUGAUUAACUGACUAUUACACAGAUUUACCACAGACUGAACUGUUUGACUGACAGCUGGAUUGAUUGAUUUGCUUUAGGGAGGACUUGAAGAAGAAUUGAGCACUUGACUGACUAUCGGGCCGAUUAGCUGCUGUACGUAGUGGCUGUCAAAGAAUGUACUUUAGAAGAAUCUCUUGGCUGUGUUAUCACGGCGGACCAGACGAUGUUCUACACACGCUUCAGGAGUGUAGAGCUUUGUCCCGAAUGUAUCUUGGGUGUGGGUUGGUUUCUGUUAAAGGCUGCAUUUAUCUGGACACAUCUAAGCCUCUGCACUCACCCAGCACCCGGUCCUCACGUCACUCGGUGCGCUCGUGGACCAGUCCUCCCAUUGACCAGUUCCUCACGUUAACACCACCCGUUUUCUUCAGCUUUCCUUUUAAUCAGUAGUUUUGAAGGUCUUAUAAUUGCAGUUUCUCUUCUUUUGUCUCCGCUCUUAUGACACUGCUGUCAUGCCUUCAGACGUCUUAUUUGUUAAUCUAACAGAAUACUGCAGUUUAUAUCCAGCUUGGGAAGUCCUCUGGAACGUUCAUUUGUUCCAAAACCCAUGACCACAAAUGGCCGCCAACACCACCAUCCAACCUUAGCGUGGAUUACUUUUUUGUUGUCAUUUAUUUCCUUGUAAAUAAAUAUUGCUGUUUUUGCCUACGA